CCAGCCAAGCCACCGAGACAGCCGCAGCUAACCAGGUAUGUCCGCCGGCAAAGCUCGAAUUUCUCUUCGCCGUUCUUAUGGAGUUCUGAACAUAGCUGUGUUAACCUUCUUUUUCUUGGUUCGGUCAUAGAGAGAAACUCUUACCUUUGUCUAUGUCCGUUUUCAACGGAUACGGAUCUUCUAUUACGAGUAGAAAUGAACUAUAGAUCUCGUAUGAGUUAACCUGAUUUCGCAAUCAAAUAUUCCACAGUCUUCACCCUCAUUGCCUUGUUCUACUCUAUUUUCGUAUUGUGAUGUGAUUGCUUUUCGGUGACUGUAUUUCUGACGUUUCUGGCUUGUAUGAAACAGGUAAGAAGUUGUGGGUUUUGCUCGGAGUUCCCAACAAUGGCGCCUAAAGCUGAUGCUCCCAAGAAGGCUGAUCCUAAGGCACAGGCUGCUAAGGCAGCCAAGUCUGUGAAAUCAGGGCCAACCUUCAACAGGAAGGCCAAGAAAAUCAGGACUAAGGUCACCUUUCACCGCCCCAGGACUCUCAAGAAGGAGAGGAACCCCAAGUAUCCGCGAAUCAGUGCACCUCCAAGGAACAAGCUUGACCAUUACCAGAUUUUGAAGUUCCCAUUGACUACCGAGUCUGCAAUGAAGAAGAUCGAGGACAACAACACCCUUGUCUUCAUUGUUGACCUCCGUGCCGAUAAGAAGAAGAUCAAAGCUGCUGUCAAGAAGAUGUACGACAUUCAGGCCAAGAAAGUUAACACCUUGAUCAGGCCAGAUGGAACCAAGAAGGCUUAUGUCAGGUUGACUCCAGACUAUGAUGCCUUGGAUGUGGCAAACAAGAUUGGGAUUAUCUAAGUUCCAUUCUUUUUGUAGCUACUGCUUCUCAGACUCUGAGCAUUAUUUUAAGAUUUUGACAGUUUUGUUAGUUAUAUGGUGUUAGCAGUGUUCAUCCAUGUCUGUACCUGUCUUUCCAUAGAUGUUUGGAGUAUUCAAGUUUUCAGUUUACGACAUUUUCAUUUUGAAGUUCUAUAUCAGUAUCCAUUAUGCUUUUCAAUAUUAGUAUCCGUUAUGCUCUCAUUAGAGUUCCGACUUCCUGUUGAUACACAUAGAAACCCUCUGCUGAAAGAUGUUUAUCAAGUCCAUGCGCUUUGAUUAGGGGUGGCUAUACGGUCCGGUCCGUUUAAAUUGGUUCAAAUUGAUCCGGUCCAGUCCGGUCUUUUUGAAAAUAUAAGGACCGAAGAUUG